AUGUGUGGAAUUAUCGCUGUGCUGCUGCAGCACGGGCAUGCCGCCUCCGAACUGCAUGAAGGUCUCGGUGUGUUGCAGCACCGUGGCCAAGAUGCAGCGGGUAUUGUCACAUGUGGUGCGAAAGGCCGCUUUUUCCAAGUCAAGGCCAAUGGCAUGGUGCGUGACGUCUUUGACCCACGCAGCAUCGCCAGCAUGGUCGGCUCGAUGGGUGUAGGCCAUGUGCGCUACCCGACGGCCGGCUCCUUCUCGCUAUCGGAGGCUCAACCGUUCUACGUGAACAGCCCGUACGGUAUUGUGUUUGCCCACAACGGCAACACAGUGAACCAGGACGAGCUGCGUACGAUGCUUGAUACGGAAGCACACCGCCAUGUGAACACAGAUUCCGAUUCAGAGUUGCUCCUGAACUUGUUUGCGCAUCACUUGCAGCGUACAGGCAAGUUCCGUAUCAACGAAGAGGAUAUCUUUGCGGCCAUUCAGUCGCUCAUGUCAGAGGCCGUGGGCGCUUACUCUUGUGUCGCCAUGCUGGCCGGGUUUGGUAUUAUUGCGUUCCGUGAUCCGCAUGGUAUUCGUCCGCUGGGUAUGUGCCGUCGCCAGGCGGAGGGCCCGGCGUCGAGUGGCCACGGAAUGGAUUACUGUUUCGCCAGUGAGAGUGUCGUUGCCGACUCGCUCGACUUUUCUGAGUGGGAAGAUGUGCGACCUGGUGAGGCGGUCAUUGUGACCAAGACCAAUGUUACCCGCCGCCAGCUAGUAACGAAGCCGGCGCCCAACACCUUUACGCCGGAUAUCUUCGAAUACGUAUACUUUGCUCGUCCGGACAGUGUGAUUGAUGGCGUGAGCGUAUACCGCAGCCGUAUGGCGAUGGGCGACCGCCUUGCAAAGCAGGUCCAGGCGGAGCUGCUGGACAAGGGCGAAAAGAUUGACGUCGUGAUUCCUGUGCCCGAUACAUCGCGUGUGGCUGCGCUGCAGUUGGCGCAGACACUGGGCUUGCCUUACCGUGAAGGGUUUAUCAAGAACAGGUACAUUGGGCGUACCUUCAUCAUGCCUGGCCAGAGUGUGCGCCGUAAGAAUGUGCGCCGCAAGCUCAAUGCGAUGGCCCUCGAGUUUGCCGAAAAGAGCGUGUUGCUGGUCGAUGACAGUAUUGUGCGUGGCACUACGUCGCGCGAAAUUAUUCAGAUGGCACGUGAAGUCGGUGCGAAAAAGGUGUUUAUGGCGAGCUGUGCGCCGCCGAUCCGUUUCUCGAACGUGUAUGGUAUUGAUAUGCCGAGCCGCAACGAACUGGUAGCGCAUAACCGCAGCGUCGAAGAAGUCGCAGCGACCAUCCAGGCCGAUGCUGUGAUUUACCAGACGCUGGACGAACUGGUGGACAGCGUUCGUGCUCUCAAUCCGGCGAUUACGAAGUUUGACUGCUCGGUCUUUGACGGUCAGUACGUCACGGGCGGGGUCGAUGAGGCGUACCUCAUACACCUUGAAGGCCUGCGCUCGGACAACGAGCAACGCAAGAAAAAGGCGCAAAAAGUUGAUGCAUCCCUCUCGGCGCCCGAGUCAGAGACGCUCGCAAGCUGCAGUGGGCCGUUCAACGCGUCGGAAGAUAUCAGUCUGCAUAACAGCAAAGCGCGCUAA